UGUUCAUCAUGUAUGCUAAGGGAAAGGGUACGUCCGUUCCGUCGGACGCUCAGGCCCGGGAAAAGUUGGCUCUGUAUGUUUAUGAAUACUUACUACACAUCGGCGCUCAAAAAGCAGCUCAAACAUUCCUAACAGAGAUCAGAUGGGAGAAAAACAUAACACUUGGGGAGCCUCCAGGUUUUCUACAUUCAUGGUGGUGCGUGUUUUGGGACUUGUAUUGUGCGGCACCAGAGCGAAGGGACACAUCAGAACACAGUAGCGAAGCUAAAGCAUUUCACGACUAUGGUUUCGUCAAUUCCGGUUAUGGAGUCAACGGCAUGGCACACAACGCAGGGCCAGCGCCGUCGCCACUUGGACAGAUGGCCCCAAACGAUGGCAUGGGGCCAGGUGGGCCCAUGCCUCCAGGUUUCUUCCCUACCCCUGGUAUGCGUCCCUCCCCUGGUCCCCCCCUUCCCUCCCAGGCAUCUCCCCAUCAUCCUUCUGGGGCUCACAGUCCCCUUGUCAACUCCCAGCCAUUCAUGACACCACGGUACCCUGGUGCCCCACGGCCGGGUGUUAGGAUGCCUCAGAUGCCCAAUGACUUCAAUGGACCGCCAGGGGACGGUGACUUUGUUGGGUGGCAAGGUAUGAACCCACGAAUGGGAGGGCCCAGGGGGCCAGGAAUGGGCCCAGGCCCUGGUAUGGGACCCAUGGGUCCUGGUCCAUACGGCCCUGGCAUGAGAGGGCCUCCACCCAGCAGUAUGGGGCCAGGUGGCCCCGCAGGUCCAGGUAUUCCCCCCAUGAGCAUGAGUGGCGGUGGCCCCAGACAAGCAUGGACACCCAACACAUCCACGCCUAUGAGUUAUUCGUCGUCUUCACCGGGCACUUACGGCAAUAUGAUGGUUUCAUCUUUCCCUGCCCAGGGCCCCCCGGGCUCCGGUCCCCCCGGCCCCGGCACCCCCAUAAUGCCCAGCCCACACGACACUGGCAGCGGUGGAGCGGACGGCAUGUUCUCUUUGAUGAAACCUGGAGGCCCGAUGCCUGGGGAGUUCCCGAUGUCUGGCGGCGGUGGUAGUGAUGGCAGCGGCGGCAUGGGUGGCGGCCCUGGGCUUGGCGGGCCCGGAAGCGGAGGCAUGGGCCCUGUCCUCAACGGUGACGGUCUUGACGGCAUGAAAAGUUCCCCAGCAAACGGCCCUGGCACCCCUAGGGAUGACGGGGGAGGAGGGGGCAUGGGCGAUUACAGCCUAUCAGGAUUUGCGGGAGCACCGCAGGACAGCGAUCAGAACGAAUCAGCAGCCAUCUUAAAGAUCAAGGAGACGAUGCAGGAGGAGGCCAAGCGCUUCGAGAAGGAUGUACCUCCAGACCAUCCAGACUACUUCAUGCAGUGACCUCGCUGCUAGACCCUGACCUCACUGCUAGACCCUGCACCUCUUGUGACCUCGCUGCUAGACGCUAGACCCUACAACUCCUGCCGUGAUCUCGCUGCUAGACCUCACCUCCUGCCGUGACCUCGCUGCUAGACCCUGCACCUCUUACCCUGACCUCACUGCUAGACCCCACCGCCUGCCGUGACCUCGCUGCUAGACCCCACCACCUGCCGUGACCUCGCAUCUGCUAGACCCCACCUCCUGCCGUGCUCGCUGCUAGACCUCACCUCCUGCCGUGACCUCGCUGCUAGACCCUGCACCUCCUGCCGUGACCUCGCUGCUAGACCCCACCGCCUGCCGUGACCUCGCUGCUAGACCCCACCGCCUGCCGUGACCUCGCUGCUAGACCCCACCGCCUGCCGUGACCUGGCUUUAAGUCGUCCCCACCUUUAAUUUCUGCUGCCGCCUUUAGACCACAUUUAAUGCUUCAUUCCUCAUUCUAGUUCUUUUUUAAUUUCAGACCGCUGGUUGGGAAUGUUCGCUAGUGGAAGAUUAAUUUCAUUUGGUUAUAUUACCAUUGUUGCUGCCAUCAUGUGUCAUGAUUAGUCCUUCUCUGUUACGUUAUCUACUUUUCACUUCUCAUAUAUCAUGAGCUUUUUUUAAUUUUUGUGUACCGUCUUCAGUUUACUCUUGCAUGUUGCGUACCUUGUUCUCCAUGAGCGUCAGGCUUGCGAUUCCUCCCUUAAAGCUACCCUCCACGAGCGUCCCUUUCUUGCUAUUUCUUUGUCUCCAUUGCUGUUCUACCCACGAAGUUCUCUUCAGGAUAUGUUGAGGCGUAAAUCUUCUCGUCAUUCCACGUUUACUCCGAGUUUCAGCUCUAUUUUUCUUGACGUGUUUAUAAUUUGGUGUGGCUGUAUAUUCUCAAUUGAUCUGCCUAACUGAGAGAACUUGUCUGAGUUCACGCGCGGUCCUCUUAUUUAUUUUGAGCUGUACAGACAUGAAGGCAGAGUGCAGUGCAAAGAACCAUCACGUAUAUCUAAGACUACUAAACGAGUGUCUCUUAUGUCGACACUUGAGGCAGCCUUUUUAUAUUGGCUCAUGUUUACCAGCGUCCAAGUCUCUGCUGACUUGAUACAAGAGUAUUUAAAUGUAGUGAAUUGUUUGUAUGUCGGUGCGUGAAUGAUGAAUGGCAGGUUAAUUUUCAUACCUUCAAUGUCGUUGUAAUGCUGGUCUAAAUAAGCUGCUAGUUAUGUGCUGCGCUAAUGUCACAUCUCUAGAGUGAUCGUGACACAAACAGCGGCGCAUUUUUCAUAAAGUAAAUAUUUAGUAAUAUUUUAAGGUAAUCUCUCGUUAGAUUCAAGCCAUGUGAUCAUUGCUUAGUCUGAGCUCUCCAACAAACUUUCUCGGUGAUGCACUAAAUCACUUAUUUUUAUUGUUUAAUAGUAAAUUUUUCAUUCGCGAUUGUUUUUACUAUUAUUAUUUGAAAUGAAUAAUUUCAAUUAGUGUAAAUAGGAUAUUACCAUAAAAGUAUUGCUUGGAAAGUAUCAAGUAUAUCCAUGUGAUUGACAUUGAUUUCUUCGACACCAAAUAUUUUCUAGACCCCUGCCUCUUAACGCUAACAAAGACUGUACAUUUUAGUGCAAAUUAUUUCACCUAAGUUAUUUUCGCCCGCAUUCAUUAUAUAAGCCAUGAAUUAUUCUGCGACUUGUCCACUACAGUGUUGAACAUAUGAGGUGGUUUGAAGGCAUUGUGUUUCUGUACUCAUGAUUUCAGUGUUCCAGUAUAUAUUUGCCAUGGGCAUUGCAAGAUACUUAAUAUCGGCGCAUGAUUUGCCGUGCUUCUUAAAUAUUAAUGAUUGAAGAAAGCGAUUCAUGGAGUACGUAGCUGCGUGCGCCACUUCGGGCAGAAUUGACGCAUCAUCCGUGCUGGUCCAAUUUAAUUUAGAGUCAACGAUAUAUUCUUGGAUUUUGGUCUGAACAACCAAGUCUAUAUCUUGGACAUAAUUUUAACAAUAAAUUAAUCUUGCGGAAGUUGUAACAAUCGCAGGUAUUUUUUUUUCCAUUACAAUUUUUUGUAAACGUGUUUUAACAGCACGAUUCUUGCUGCAUAAUAUCUAAUGGGUUGAUGUAUAUCUAAGUGAAGAUAUGCUGCGAUGGUAGGGGUAGUUUUAAACACACCAUCAACACUGUGGCGCCAAUGUAUGCCAGGUGGCUGUGGGCUAAGGCGGCUAGCGGUCUUCAAGUAUUGUACCAACUACACGUGAUCGCUAACUUGACAUGGACGCUUACUGACGCUAUAAGUCUGGUCUGAUCUGACAGACAACAUGGAUUAGGUCAAAGACCAGCCCUUCAGCUCGGGUAAAGAUUCCCUCCUCCACGCAGAGUGCCCGAUGUUCUCGCUCGGGUCUCUGAGUCGCUGUAUACGACAGUUGUCUUGCUCCAUGGGCUUAUAGGUUUACUUUUGAUUCACACCAAAGAAGAAUCAACUUAAAAUUACGCAUUACGGUGAAAUAGUGCAGGUUCAGAGGAAGUUUCAUUUGAAGUCGAAGUUUGAAUUACCAAGCAGAUCGAGUAUUUUUGCAGUUCUUUGGUUAGCUAUUUUGUCAUAUAUAUUCUUAAAAACUAUUGCACUGCGGCGCCUUCAUAUUUGCUGGACUUUUUUGAUAGACGAACGUGAAGCAGAAAUAAGUCUCAUUAUUUUGAGAAGUUAUUUGUUAAAUGGAAGACUCGAAUAUGUACAAAUUCAAGUUUACUGGGCAGUUUUGCAUGCAAAUCAACACUUAGUUUCAUUGCAAGUUUUUCGAUGUGAUGUUAAUUGUGUUUGCAGUGUCAGAUUUCCAUUCAUUUCUGAAUUUGUAUGAAUGUUGUUUUAUUAGCAUCAGUGCAGGUAAACUUGGUCAUGCAUGUUGUAUGAAUUAAUUUCACUUCUUUUAUAACUCAUUGGUUUCUGUAGGCAUUCUUCUGCCUUGCAUAAUCGACAGAGAACUGUGAGAAUCUAUCUGUAAAAUAAGCCACUUAUCCGUAGGUCAUCUUAAUGUAUUUAUUUAUUACAUAUACAAAGAUGGCUUUCCCAGAGGGUCCUUACUGUUGCGUAGAGUAGAUAUUGAAGAUACCGAAAUAAACUCAGCUACCUCGUUCCUAUCUUCGCGGCAAUGUUAUUUCAGUGAAGAAAGAAGCUGCCGCUGUCUAUUUCAUGCAUUGGAAAAUGUUAUCGAUUGUUUCCCUAACCUCGUGCUUUUAGUUGUGAUAUUUCCUAAACAUGUCCCUGAUUGAAUCCAUCAAAAAUUAUUAAUUCAAAAACUUUGUCCCUGGUAAAUCUUAAUGACCUGCGAAAUUUAGUGAUUUUCUUGCCACAGUCAGGCUUAUUUUCCUUUAUUUUUGUGCGAGUUUAAAAAAGUGUGUAGGAGUGCGCUCCUUCAUCGCGCAGCUUCGAGCUGUUGAAAAUUCAAUGAUUUUAGGCGCAGUGUAAAAGAUUGAGUGCAAGCCAUUUAGCUCUUCGUCCACUUUUGCUGGUCUUUAAGUGAGCAGCAGCUGGAAUGCCUCGCUUUAUAAUGUUGAUCUUAUUGUAAGAAAUACUAAGCAUUAAUCCUAAAGGAUGGACUGCAAGUGUUGCAGCCCAAGCUGUCUCCCGAUAUUUCCGGGAACUUUGUACAGUUGUGAUCAGAAGUAUUAGUUCUAAUGAUAAUUUAUUGACUCGUGUUGAUAGUCCUCACCCUUCACCAUGUACAUAUUCCUGAAAUCCUUCCCCCAAUAUCUUCUCUAAGUCUUUGUGUUCCUGUGCUCUCUCAGAGUUGAAACUUUUGGCCCCUUGUAUAAUAUGAGCUAAACUCUUGCAGUUGGAGCACUUGUAGGACUACGGAUCAGUUCAGGCCUACCUUGGUCCAAACUUUUUACUUUUUUCUCAUCCUUUCCAACACAUUUUUGUGCUAUAUGCAAGAAAAUCGAGAAAAGACGAUCAUUUUGUAGCAUGAUUUCGAAGAGUGAACCUGUCACUCAGCGAAGCUCUUUCUCCAAUUAAUUUUUUUUUAUUUCACCAAAAUUUUUUUUCGUUUCACCCUAAAAUAUUUAUGGUCAUUCUGGAGACAAAAUUUUUCAACAUCACCCAAGUCAAGAUUUGUUGUUAUUCCUGUAUUACCAGGAUAUUGUGGGAUGCUCCUGAAUUUCAAAUGAGUUCAUUCUGCUUGUUUAUUUUGUUGUGAACGCCACUUGACUCUCACCAGUUUUUAAAUAACGAACUCCUGCUGUUUCAUAUCUUUGUUGAUGCCGUUCGUUUUUUUUUUU